CCAAGCACCGUGUGUGAAACUCUCAUAUCUCACAUAUCAAUAAUUCAAGCGCGCGCGAGAGCGAGCAGACGGAGCCUCCCGCCCCCCACCACCACCACCACCACCACCUCCCACCUCGCGCGCUAUGUGUGCCGUUGCCCCGUCACUCGUCCAGGGCCCGACUCCCGCUUACUGCUCCAAGUGACAGGGAAGAGGGCGGGAAACAAAAGCGAGGAGAGGAGCAGGUGAAAACCGACGACCCGACCGGAGACCCGCGGCGUGAAGUUGCGCGAAGACGGCCGGAGAAGCGGCUGGUCGCGGUCCCGGUAUGUUGGCGCUGUGCCUGCUGAGCGCCGCGUGGCUCGCGGGGAGCCCGGCCCGCGCGCAGAACGAGACGGAGCCCAUCGUCCUGGAGGGCAAGUGCCUGGUGGUGUGCGACUCCAACCCGGCCGCGGACCCCACGGGCACCGCGCUCGGGAUCUCCGUGCGCUCCGGCAGCGCCAAGGUGGCGUUCUCCGCGGUCCGGAACACCAACCACGAACCCUCCGAGAUGAGCAACCGCACCAUGGUCAUCUACUUCGACCGGGUCCUCGUGAACGUUGGCAAGAACUUUGACGAGGAGAGAAGUAAUUUCAUCGCGCCGCGCAAAGGGAUUUACAGUUUCAACUUCCACGUAGUGAAAGUCUACAACCGCCAAACCAUCCAGGUGAGCCUGAUGCACAACGGCUGGCCGGUGAUUUCGGCGUUCGCCGGCGACCAGGACGUGACGCGCGAGGCGGCCAGCAACGGGGUUCUGAUCCAGAUGGAGAAGGGAGACCGGGCCUACCUCAAGCUGGAGAGAGGGAACCUCAUGGGGGGAUGGAAGUUCUCCACCUUCUCCGGCUUUCUGGUGUUCCCCCCCCCGGUGUUUCUCUGUGGCUUGACUGGCAGCUUUGGACAGCCAAAAGCUUUUUUCAUUUCUCUGACUGAAAGGGCGAUCCCACAUCGCUGCAUCUGUGUCGGCUUAAGGCUCUGAUGAAUGUCUCUAGAAGCGCUGCCUCUCCGAAUCACAUCUACCAUGUUUGUCGUCUUUUACUGCGCAUUAAUUCCACGGAUUUUACAUCAGCCUUCAGCCCAGAUCCAAGCAGACCUUUUUUUUUUUUUUUCAGUAGGAAAACAAACGUUUUGAUCAUAAAAGCAUGUGCUUCAUGAACCUUCCCCGUAAAGCUCUGUUUUGCAGUUGUUAUAAUAAAUACAACUGUUCCGUCCAACGUAGACUGACUGCUACCACAUAAAAAAAUGGGACUUUUUUAAAGGUUACAAAAUAUCCUGCAAACUGUUAAAUGUAGAUAUUGAAGUCUCUCUUGUAACUCUAUCCAAUAACCCUCAGAUUGGUGUUGGUACGAGCCACCGGGUAUUACUACACCCUCCUUCUUCCCCUGUUAUUUUAUCAUCUGUCUGCUGUCUGGUCGCCACACAAACAUUGGGAUCAACUUUCGUCUCCGGGUCGGACCCCCGCGCGACCCCCCCCCCCCUCCCCCCCUCCCGUCCUCGCUGUGUCUCUAUCCGGUCAUCACGCCUGCUUUUUUUUCCUUUUCACAUCCGGGACCUUCUCUCUUUGACUAUGCUGUUGACCCACAAGUGCAGAUUUCUCCCUCUUCCUUUUUGGUAUGCCUCCGUUAUCACCCCUCCUCACCCCCCCUCACCCCACCCUCACCCCUACCGCCCCUACGGCCAAUCCUCCCCUCCUUUCUCAUGUCGAUACUAUCUGCUGCUGUAAUCGUUCGCCUCCCAGCACGGAUCCUUCCUUGCUUUUCCUCAAAGUUGGACUUUGGACUCUGAAACCAACACCACAAACUCUACACACAAACACACACACACACACACACACAUAUAUAUAUAUGUACACAUUUACACAAUAUAUAUAUACAAAUGGAUAUAUAAAUAUAUUGAAAUCUAAGUCCACAUUUCUAUUCCUCUGGUAUUAUGAUAAUAAUAAUGAUAAUACUAAUAUUGAAAACUGAAUCUGGUUGAUGACUAUAAUAUCUGUAUUUCCGUACUUAAAUGUUAUGUAAAAGAAAACAUGUUCUUUGAGAAACUUAUUAGUGACUGUGUGUGGAAAUCCGAGGCUGCCGUUCUGCUCUUCUGAUAAAAAAGACGCUUCUUGUUUUUUGUUUUGGAUCAAACCAAGUUAUGGCUAAAAAUGACUAUUAUACAAAAAAAACAUACAGCUAAAAGGAAUUUUAU